AUGGUGGUCGAAAUUCAGAAACGAGCUCAGGCUCAGGCCGAAGCUGUUUCCCAGAGCGUCGAUAAAAACCUCUUCGAAACUACUCAAUGA